AUGAGUUCUUCCAGUACAAUAGCUUCUUCAACAAAAAUCAAAUUUAUCGAUCCAGGAAACGCACUAACUACAUUUGUAUCUAUUGAUAUACUUAUUGCCAUUGUUUUCGUUUUAGCAGGUCUAAUUUUUUUUGUUUUAGGGAUUUACUACUAUUGCAAGACAAAACAUCAUAGAAGAGAGCAACAACUUGGAGAUCAGCCAUUAGGUUUAUUAGCUCGAUCACCACAUGUUCACGCGCAUUUCAAACAUAUCACAAUUCAACGAAGUAAUCCUAAUAAAAUCAAACUUAUCAAUACAACUCGAGAAUCUAACAUCAUUGAAACAAAACCAACACCUGCACCAGAAUUAGAAAAAUCACCGUCAAUGGAUAGUACUCAAUCAUUAAAUCCUGUAGCAAGACCGAGACCAAGAAAUAGACCUCCUCCUAUUCCAACCACCCCUGUAGAAGUUGAUGCUGACGGAAUUCUAUCAGAUGGUGAACUUGAGUAA